UUAACUGUGGAGGUGGGGGUUGGGGAGCAGAAAGAAGUAAACACAACUACUGAAUAGUCAUUUAUAUUUGUUUUUGUCUUCAGCUAAAAGGCAACCUGUCUGGACUGAGCAUUUCUCUGACUUGACAUAACUUCCCAUCCAGCCAGGAGUCUGCACUCUUCAGUCUUUGCAGGCAGUAGCAGAAUCCCAUGGUAGCCAGGUGGGUGAAGGGGAGCGAGGACGUUCUACCUGCCUUGAAGAAGACACCUGACCUGCGGAGUGAGUGACCAGUGUUUCCAGAGCCUGGCAAUGGAUGCCAUUCACAUCGGCAUGUCCAGCGCCCCCCUGGUGAAGCACACUGCUGGGACUGGGCUCAAGGCCAACAGACCCCGCGUCAUGUCCAAGAGUGGGCACAGCAAUGUGAGAAUUGACAAAGUGGAUGGUAUAUACCUACUGUACCUGCAAGACCUGUGGACCACAGUGAUAGACAUGAAGUGGAGAUACAAACUCACCCUGUUCGCCGCCACUUUUGUGAUGACCUGGUUCCUUUUUGGAGUCAUCUACUACGCCAUCGCGUUUAUUCACGGGGACUUAGAACCCGGUGAGCCCAUUUCAAAUCAUACCCCCUGCAUCAUGAAAGUGGACUCUCUCACUGGGGCGUUUCUCUUUUCCCUGGAAUCCCAGACAACCAUUGGCUAUGGAGUCCGUUCCAUCACAGAGGAAUGUCCUCAUGCCAUCUUCCUGUUGGUUGCUCAGUUGGUCAUCACGACCUUGAUUGAGAUCUUCAUCACCGGAACCUUCCUGGCCAAAAUCGCGAGACCCAAAAAGCGGGCUGAGACCAUCAAGUUCAGCCACUGUGCAGUCAUCACCAAGCAGAAUGGGAAGCUGUGCUUGGUGAUUCAGGUAGCCAAUAUGAGGAAGAGCCUCUUGAUUCAGUGCCAGCUCUCUGGCAAGCUCCUGCAGACCCACGUCACCAAGGAGGGGGAGCGGAUUCUCCUCAACCAAGCCACUGUCAAAUUCCAUGUGGACUCCUCCUCUGAGAGCCCCUUCCUCAUUCUGCCCAUGACAUUCUACCACGUGCUGGAUGAGACAAGCCCCCUGAGAGACCUCACACCCCAAAACCUAAAGGAGAAGGAGUUUGAGCUUGUGGUCCUCCUCAAUGCCACUGUGGAAUCCACCAGCGCUGUCUGCCAGAGCCGAACAUCUUAUAUCCCAGAGGAAAUCUACUGGGGUUUUGAGUUUGUGCCUGUGGUAUCUCUCUCCAAAAAUGGAAAAUAUGUGGCUGAUUUCAGUCAGUUUGAACAGAUUCGGAAGAGCCCAGAUUGCACAUUUUACUGUGCAGAUUCUGAGAAACAGCAACUUGAGGAGAAGUACAGGCAGGAGGAUCAGAGGGAAAGAGAACUGAGGACACUUUUAUUACAACAGAGCAAUGUCUGAUCACAGGGGUGCCAUCCAGGUUUAACUCUGCAAGCUGUUUCCACAUCAGAACUCCCUUCAAACACAAAGAUUGCUGUGAAAAUGCAAAUGGGUAGACGCACUCUCAAAAACUGCACGGACAUACAAAAUCAAUCUUUUCCUUUGAUCUUGUGGCUAAACCAGCAUUUCUGUGUUUGAGAGAUUUCCUGUUAAGUGCUUCGUCUGAAAGUGAACUCUCAUAAUUCAAACUGUAUAAAAUAAAGCUACAUUUCUAAGAGCUU